GGAAGAGAUUCCGACUCAGCCAAUCAGAAGAGCGAUCAAUGGUAGCGAGCAGCAACUGAUACAUUUACACAUAAACAACAUACGCACAUGAAUGGAGGCGUAAAUGAUGAAUUUGGGUGAUGGUCUACUGUUUGAGCUGGAGAAUGGGAAGCCCAGGCUUGUGUUGGCUAAAUACAGUGCUGAAUCAAAGUCCUCUAAUAAAAAGGUUUCUUGUCAGGUCCCUUCAAGGAAAAGAACACAAAAAAUCAUCAGCUCUAAACUUGGUCCUUCUCAACAAGAUAAACCUGAACAGGACAAAAAGUGCAAAGACACAGCAGCUAUCGGUUCUGUAGGGCAGAACAUUAAACAUGAACCCAGAAAGAGCAAAGCCAAGGGCCGGUCAGACAGCAUAUCCAUAGCCUUGAGAGUCCCAUCAGAGAUAAACAGGAACCAUUCCAGCACAAAAGAGAGUUUAGUGUGUUUAACACAAGAGCAGUUUCAACAGAUACUGAACAGCAUUAACACAUCCACUGCACAUGCACAGCAUGAGCCAAACACACAAACACACACAGCAGAGGCUGCAGUCAACUCAGAGGAAAACUGUCCUGCAAUCACAGCAGCUGAAGAGUUACUAUUCGAUGACAAUAAUCACGCACACAGAGUGUCACAAGUCAAGAGAGAGAUUCAGCCAGUAUCAGAUGAGCUGCAGUCAGGGUUGUUCAGCACAUUUGGAGAAAGAGAAAGAGAGAGAGAUGCACUGGAGGCCAAAAGAGCUCAGUGGAGGAGUGAGCUGGAUGAACAGAUGGCUUUAAAGAGGAAACAGAAAGCCAGUGUGAAGGAUUUGAAGACUCCCGCUGAAGCGAGAUUUAAACACCAGCCUACCACUGUGCAUGAUGGGAGUACAGCUACUGGAACAGAUAAUUCAAAUCCCAGAGCUGCAGUUCACGCACACAAACAGCUGCCUGCUGCCAUCCGCUCUGCAUUCAUACUGGGGGAAGCUGCUCCAGUGGAGGGGGUGUACAGUGCUCAUAGAGAGGAGCAGCAGAGACUCUGGUUACAGGAACUGCACCAGCAGAGAGAGGAAGCCAAACUACGUCGACAACAGGAGAAACAAAUGAAUAGCCAGACUGAGGAUCUAGAGCGCUGGGCAGUUCAUUUUGACUCUCUGCAUCGACCCUUAGCUGUGGAACCGGACACAAGCAACUCUCUGUCUCCCCAUCACUCUGUCUCUGGAGGGCUGUCCACUGCGUGGGAGGCUAUGAGUGUGUGUGGAGGGGACAGUGUGGGCAGAGCCAGCGUCGACACCCCUUAUGGACCACAACAGAGAGCCCGCUAUCUUCGCACAAUGACAGCCCUGCUGGACCCCGUUCAGAUCGAGGAACGAGAACGCCGGAGACUCAAGCAGUUUGAACACCAGCGAGCGAUUGAGGCUCAGGUAGAGGAACGCAGACGACAGAAAGAGAGAGAGGAGGCGACACGCCGAGCGCAGGAGCAAGAGGAGGAGAGAAGAGUCGAGAGAGAGAGAGAACGACUCCAACAGCAGUUUAUAAAUGACACUAAAAGACAGAGAAACAGAGAGGAGUUGCAGUCGCGUAAAACUGAGGAGCUGUAUUUAAGCAUUCAGAGAGCUCAAGUGGAGGCAUUUAAAGACAAACACCUCCAGAGAAUCAAAGACCUCGCCAAGAAAGGCCACGAUGUGUCCAAACUACUGCACAGCUUGGAAGGAGGCUCCAUCUCACAAGUUCUUAGUGGUCAUGAUUCACCUGGUACAUCUGGGAGCUUGACAUCAUCAGUGAUCCAUCUACCUUCUACCACAUCUCCAAGAAAAGACACAGCUGUUCAGACAGAGGUCAGUCAUCUGCCUGAGAAUGAUUCUGUUUGUGACACAGAACAACAAUCGCUCAGUGCUGCAGUAACACACACAGUUCCAGCAAACAUCCUCACUACUAAGAAAUCCAGACACAGCAAUGCAAAAGCAUCUGAAAGAAGCCACGGCAAGGAAAACAUGUGCACUACUCCUAAAGACUCUGAAGUUAAUCCAAAUGAGCCAUUCGCACGGACCGACAGGAACCGUGCACAGCAGCUGGUGAAAAGGCCCGAGUGGAACACACAACAGAGACCCAGAAAAGCAUUCGUGCCGGCGUCUGAGCGCUACCCUGAAUCUCUGCAGAAACACAGACAGCAGAGCAGGAAACAGAGAGAGAUGGAGCUCAUGACGCUGGUGGAGAGAAACACUGUAUCACGAACGGCACAGCCAAAUCCUCCACAUGCUGCUAAUAAUCACAAACCUCCUGCACACAUGCACAGAAACUCACCGCAACUACAGAGUGAAAAUCAAUGGCAAGAACUGUCAGCCUUCACUGCUGAAAGUAGGGUGUGCUCUCCACCCGUUCCUGCAGUAAAGAACCGUCUUCAGCAGCCGCCCCAGCACAUGAUGGAAGAGCAAGUGCAGGACACAGGCCGUCCUUCCUCAUUAGAUUAUGUGCCCUACAUUCGGACAGAUGAGGUUUAUCACAUGGACCCUCUGGCACCUCUCUUCAUACCAUCCACACAUGAAGCCCAGCAGAGAGUCCACACUGAUGUGAGAAGCAAGCAGGCAACCCCUCUGGUACAGCCCGACCCCACCAAAAGCACUCAAAGGCAGCAGGCUAUACUGAAGGGUCUAUCUGAGCUGAGACAGGGUCUACUGCAGAGACAGAAAGAGAUAGAAACCAGUUUAAACCCUUUAAUGCAAACACAACACAGAAACCACUUUCCAACUUUUUGACCAGUGUGAUCCCAAGCUGUGUCUAAAAGAAGACUGAACCUUCUCUCUGUAACCA